AUGAUAGAUUCAACCUUUCUGGAUAUAGACUUGGGAGAAAACAAAGAUUAUGGAACUGAUGACGACGUUGAAGAAAUUUUAGAUACACUUAUCUCAUUUGUUCAAGAGAACAACAAGAAGUUAGAGUGGGUAGCAAGUAACAUGGUAUAUGCCGAAACUGGAGAAGUGACUGACUUGAUUGAAGAGUUGACUGACCUUAUAGAUGAGCAACGAGAUAAAAUCGCUAAAUGUCUAUUUCACCAAAAACUCGAGAAAAACAAUGUAUUAACUGAAAAAUUUAUGACAAUGGAAAGAAACCCCCCAAAAAGAAUUGAUACAACUGAUUUUGCCGGCUGGAUAAAUGCAUCUUUAUUAAGCAUCGCUUUUACGAUUCCAUUAUUUGUUGAUAUGAAGUUGUCUCCUAUCCGUCUUGAUAAUUUGGUUUUCUAUCUAGAUAUAUAG